GAACUUCAAAACAGGUCGAGGGGAGGAUAAUAUAGAGUUGAGCAGCAAUGGCGCUGCAAUCCCGUACCUUCAGACUUUCUCCAUUUUCAAUUCUCAGGCCCUUUUCCAAGCCCUACAGGAUCCCAACUGCCUUGACCCCUCUCCCCUGCCGAUUUCGCUAUCUCCGCUGCAGCAGCCGGUCGCCGCUCCUUGCUAGAGCACUGUCUUCCGCCGCCGCUCCUCAACCCACCACCACGAAUCCUGCCGCCCCCUCGGACCCAGAUGAACAUAAAGUUCUCAAGGCGCCUCAAUGGAAAGCGGUGAUAGAUUUCAAGUGGAUAAGGGAGAACAAGGAGGCAGUUGCUGCCAACAUAAAGAACCGGAACUCCACUGCUAAUCUCGACCUUGUUCUUGAGCUUUAUGAUAAAUUGUUGAAUGUUCAGAAGGUCAGGUUCCAGUUCUGCAUUCUUAAUAGCAGUUUUCAUUUGUCUGAGAGAGGAAAAAUUAGAUGGCAGGAAGUCGAAAGGCUUCGUGCAGAGAGAAAUGUAGUUGCAAACAAGAUGAAGGGAAAACUGGAACCCUCUGAAAGGCAGAAACUAAUUGAAGAAGGUAAAAAUCUAAAGGAUGUGCUAUUUACCCUGGAAGAAGACCUAGUCACACUUACGGAUGAGCUCCAACUGGAAGCACAAUGUGUGCCAAACAUGACACAUCCAGAUGUGCCAAUAGGUGGAGAAGAUUUUUCUACUGUGAGGAAAAUGGUUGGUAAACCUCGUGAGUUUAGCUUCUCUAUAAAGGAUCAUGUCCAGCUUGGAAAAGACUUGGAUCUAUUUGACUUUGAUGCUGCUUCUGAGGUGAGUGGGUCCAAGUUCUAUUACCUGAAGAAUGAAGCAGUUUUGUUAGAGAUGGGACUUGUAAACUGGGCUGUGUCGGAAGUGAUGAAAAGGGGAUUUACACCUCUUACAACGCCAGAAAUUGUCCGAUCUUCUGUGGUGGAGAAAUGUGGUUUCCAACCCCGUGGAACUAACACUCAGGUCUAUUCCAUCGAAGGUAGUGACCAAUGCUUGAUAGGUACAGCUGAGAUUCCUGUGGGGGGAAUCCAUAUGGAUUCCAUACUUGCUGAGUCAUCAUUACCUUUAAAAUAUGUGGCUUUCUCACAUUGCUUCCGGACAGAAGCUGGUGCUGCAGGCACUGCAACUAGGGGCCUUUAUCGAGUUCACCAAUUUAGCAAGGUGGAGAUGUUCAUCUUAUGCAGGCCAGAGGAAAGUAAUUCCUUCCACGAAGAACUUAUCAAGAUCGAAGAAGACCUCUUCACGUCUUUGGGACUUCAUUUUAAAACAAUGGACAUGGCAACAGAGGAUUUGGGUGCACCAGCAUACCGUAAAUUCGACAUAGAGGCUUGGAUGCCUGGAUUGGGCCGGUAUGGCGAGAUAUCAAGUGCCUCUAACUGUACAGACUACCAAAGCCGGCGACUAGGCAUCCGGUAUCGUCCAGAACUAUCAACGAUUCCCAAAAAGGGUAAAGGCAGUUCUCCACCAACCCAGUUCGUGCACACGCUGAACGCCACAGCAUGUGCCGUUCCAAGAAUGAUUGUGUGCUUGCUUGAGAAUUUCCAGCAAGAGGAUGGUUCUGUUGUUGUACCUGAGCCUUUAAGGCCAUUCAUGGGUGGUCUUGACAUCAUUUCUUAUAAAUACAAGCAGGAGUUAGUUUAAGAACUGAGGAUUAACAUACGUUUUUAUUUGGCAAUAGGAUUUUGUCUGGGCUUUAUCAUUUUGCUAGAAGUAUGAAGAAUAGCAAGUUGGUUAAAUAUAUUUACAAAUUUUUAUAA